UUUAUAAAAAGGAAACACUGUUGCGGAUUCAUUGGUUUGUUGGCGAGGUUUGGAACCUUGGCUCCUUUUGAAUUGAAGUCUUGAAAUGGCUCGUAUCAAAGCCAAGGAACUGCGUGGAAAGUCGAAGGACGAGCUGCUUAAGCAGCUAAACGACUUCAAGCAGGAAUUAUCUACCCUGCGGGUUGCGAAAGUGACCGGAGGAGCCGCAUCAAAGCUCUCAAAAAUAUGCUUGGUCCGCAAAAGCAUCGCUCGUGUCCUCACGGUCAUUAACCAGACUCAAAAGGAUAACUUGAGGAAAUUGUUUAAGGGAAAGAAACAUAAGCCUAAGGAUUUACGACCGAAAAAGACCAGAGCCCUGCGUCGUCGUUUAAACAAACAUGAAGAAAGUUUAAAAUCCGUAAAAGCUUUGAAAAAAGCAAGACUCUACCCACAGCGACAGUUUGCAAUCAAGGCAUAAGGUUCUAAUAAACCAUUUCGGGAUAUA